GUGACAGUUCGAUUGUGUACAGCUUCACGUCAUUUACCGUGAUUUUGCUUUUCAGUCGUUGGAAUUACAAGUUCAUUUUUUUAGCCGAAAACCCAUUAAAAUGCUGGCAAUCGAAGAUUUUCCCGAAUAUAAUGUUCCAGGAGCUAAGCAGGUUCAGUUCAAUCCGUACGAAUCGAAUGGAGGAUCGGUUGUUGCUGUUGCUGGCGACGAUUAUGCUAUCAUUGCGGCCGACACUCGUUUGAGUUCCGGCUACUCAAUCCAUACCCGUCAUCAGGACAAAUCAUUUAAAUUGUCCGAUAAAACCGUUUUGGCAUCAACUGGAUGUUGGUGUGAUACAUUGUCGUUGACAAGUUUGGUAUCAGCUCGUAUGCAGAUGUACGAACAUUUGCAUAACAAAAAAAUGUCCACCACUGCGGUUGCACAAAUGUUAUCAAUUCUCAUGUACAAUCGACGAUUCUUUCCGUACUACGUUUCGAAUGUGUUGGCUGGCAUCGACGAAAAUGGCGAAGGAGUUGUUUACAGCUAUGAUCCGAUUGGUCAUUGUGAACGUAAGAAAUACAGUGCCGGUGGAUCGGCUGGACCACUACUGCAACCAGUUCUGGACAAUCAAGUUGGUCUUAAGAACCAAGUUGGAGUCGAAACAGGACCGAUACCAUUGGAGCGCGCUAAAGCUAUCAUUCGUGACACUCUAAUAUCGGCAGCAGAGAGAGACAUCUACACGGGAGAUGGUGUCAUAUUCAAUAUCAUCACCAAGGAUGGCAUCAAACAGGAACGCAUCGAUUUGAGAAAGGAUUAGGGAGUAGCCGAUCGGCAGGAGUGUAUCGCAAAGCUCCAAUUUAUGUUAAAAAGCCGCCGGAAAUUGGGAGGAAAAUAAACUUUGUAUUCAGUAAUCCA